CACAACGCGCAGGCGUCACCUAGAAGUGACUUCUCCAAAAAAGUCUCAUAGUUCCCAGUCACCUGAGCCCUGGGAGACGCUGCCGCGCUAGCUCGUGGGAUCCACGCCCUCCGCGGGUCCUGCCUGGCGACCCCGCCUCCUCCUCCUGUCCCUCGGCUCCUGCAGCCCCAACCCGCCGACGGCCUGUCCUUUUCCUCUGCCCUUUCCCUGUCUCCGGCCGGAUCGGGCCGAACCGGGCCGCCCGGGCGCGGUCCCUGACCAUGGCGUCCCUCUUCAAGAAGAAAACCGUGGAUGAUGUAAUAAAGGAACAGAAUCGAGAGUUACGAGGUACACAGAGAGCUAUAAUCAGAGAUCGAGCCGCUUUAGAGAAACAAGAAAAACAGCUGGAAUUAGAAAUUAAGAAAAUGGCCAAAAUUGGUAAUAAAGAAGCUUGCAGAGUUUUAGCCAAACAACUUGUACAUCUUCGGAAACAGAAAACAAGAACUUUUGCUGUCAGUUCAAAAGUUACUUCUAUGUCCACACAAACAAAAGUGAUGAAUUCCCAGAUGAAGAUGGCUGGAGCAAUGUCUACCACAGCCAAAACAAUGCAGGCAGUUAACAAGAAGAUGGAUCCUCAAAAGACGUUACAAACAAUGCAGAAUUUCCAGAAGGAAAACAUGAAAAUGGAAAUGACUGAAGAGAUGAUCAAUGAUACACUUGAUGACAUCUUUGAUGGCUCUGAUGAUGAAGAGGAAAGCCAGGAUAUUGUGAAUCAAGUGCUUGAUGAAAUUGGAAUUGAAAUCUCUGGAAAGAUGGCCAAAGCUCCAUCAGCUGCCCGAAGCUUACCAUCUGCCUCUACUUCAAAGGCUACGAUUUCCGAUGAAGAGAUUGAACGGCAACUCAAAGCUUUAGGAGUAGAUUAGUCAAAAAAAAUCUCAUAUUUUUGCUUAUGUACUACAAACCAGGCCUGGUGCAGAUUCCUUUUGCAAAACACAUUUAUUUUGCAAAAAUAAAGACCAUGAAUGAACAGUUGUUUCCUAAUCCAUGGCUGUUUUGAGUCUUUUGCCAAAGAAUGACAAUGAUGGAAAAAUGGGAACAGUUUGGAUUUUAGUUAGAACUAUUUAGGAGCGAUGAUGUGUAAAACAUUGAUUUCUUUUCUGCAUGGCACAGAGACAUUAUAUUCAUUACAUAGUGUCAGUUUAUGUUCUAUGUCUUUCUACGCUGAAUAUAAAAAUCUUGUUAAAUGCCAGUAGGCACCAACUUAAAGAGACUUGUAAAAAUAUUAAAAGUAUCUCAUUAAUUCUGUA